AAGAAAACAAAAGCAAGCACCCUCCGAUCGCCUCCUCCUCAGACGCCUCUACAUUACCAAAACCCAAAAGCAGGAAAAAAACCAAAGAAAUCCCAUCCCAUCCCAUCCCAUCCGAUCCGCUCUCCAAGUAGAGCUUCAGCUUUAUAUCUUUGAUGCAUAUGUACUACUAAUCUCAGAUCAUCACCAUCAUCGAUCUUUGUGGUAGCCGUAAUGCCGCCGAAACAGCAGGCGUCGAAAGCAGAUAUUGCGAAGAAGCAGAAGGUGGUGGAGGACAAGACUUUCGGGCUCAAAAACAAGAACAAGAGCAAGAAUGUCCAGAAAUACGUCCAGAGUCUCCAUCAAUCCGUCCAACCCAAACCUGAUGCUUCCAAAGCCGCCGCCAAGAAGAAGAAGGAAGAAGAGAAGGCAAGAGAGAAGGAGUUGAGCGAUUUGUUCAAGAUCGCCGUAAGUCAGCCCAAAGUCCCAGUUGGUGUUGAUCCUAAGUCCAUACUAUGCGAAUUCUUCAAAGCCGGGCAAUGUACCAAAGGUUUCAAGUGCAAGUUCUCACAUGAUUUGAAUGUCCAGAGGAAAGGCGAAAAGAUAGACAUUUACAGUGAUAAACGUGAUGAAGAAACAAUGGAGGAUUGGGAUCAAGAGACAUUAGAGAAGGUUGUGGAGUCGAAAAAGAUGGAGUAUAAUCAAAACAAACCGACUGAGAUUGUGCGUGUUCUCUGCUCUCGUCUACCAUUGCGUUUUCUUUUUCUUUGUCCAAACCAUGUUCCCAGAUUUCUAAUCAAAGUAACUUGAUAAUAUGCUCAACCU